AAUUUUGGUUCCCGCCUGAAUCGUGCUUGAUCGUAGAUUGAGAUUCCUCUCUCUCCAAACGGAGGAAAGCGCCAAUCCAAAAUGAGAAAAACCAGGAAAUAAUUUUGAGUUUCCCUCCCACGUAGAUCCAAAAAUCAUCUCCUUUUUAAGAAUCUGAGGUUUCUGGAAAUCAGGAUCAGAAACGUCAAAAAAUUCGAAAUUUAGGACGUCUGGAGCUACUUUGGAUCCAGAUCUUGCGAAUUGAUUUUGUUAGCCCACCCUUUUGUAGUUGAAGUAAAUUGGUAUAAUGACUGGAGAUGAUGGUUCUUCUUCCGAUCGAUGGCACAAAAAUCGUCCCAUUCUGGCUGAUGUUACCAAUCAACACGGUAAAAGAAGGUUAUUGUCCAUUUCCAGCAGCCCUGGUCUAGAUAAGGGAAAUCGAUUCCAGGACAAUGUGGAAGGUAAGGUGCCAGAUUCUGAGUUUGUGCAGAAAGUUUGUCUGGGAGUUGAGAAUUUAGUCAGAGGGAAAUGCAAGCGUGAAUGUAUUGACGAUGGUAAUGGUAAGGAUUUGCCAUUGACGAAACCCAUGGGGCUUUGUGGUUUACUGAAUUCGGGUAGCGGACGUGUCUCUGUAAAGGAUGCAAAACCAUCGGGUAUUUCUGGAAUUGCCAGUGAAAUUAAGGAUCUCCCAACUGUUUUGGAUGGUGAUAUACAAUCCGUAGGAGGCAAUGCAGUGACAAGCAGAACACUAGAAAUUGGUGAUGGAAGGAGAGAUUGUGGCAGUUCUGGUGUUAUUGUGCCUGAAUUUAAAAGUGGGAGCUCUGCAUCAGUUAUUGUUGAAGGAGGGAGCCAAGGUGGUGAAGAAAUUGCUGAAGCUGGUGUUGAGAGAGAUGUCAUUAAGAGCUCUAUGGAAAAUGAAGUAUUGGAAGCUCACUUUCAUGGAGACAAUGAUGAGUUGAUGGAUGGUGGUGAUCUGACCUCAACUAAGGCUACUCUAGCUGGGUCAUCAAGUUACCAGGGCUCUGAACAAGAGAUGUGUGCUGGAUCUGGUUUUGCAGAUGGCCUCAAUGCCAAUCAUGGAGUAGACAUGCUCAGUGUUUGCUCUUGUUCUUUCUGUCUCAAAGCUGCAUAUAUUUGGUCGGACCUCCAUUACCAAGAUGUCAAGGGCCGCAUUGCUGCAUUAAAGAAGAGUCGGAAAGAAGUUAAGUGUUGUGUGGAUAGAAGUUUGAAUCAGUAUGAGACAGACAAAAAUGGUAUGCCCAACUUAAACAUAUCGGAAAAAUUAGAAUUGGAUCUUAUGGGCAGGUGGAAUUCACUUUUCCUUCAUACAGAGGAUAUCUUUGUUCGUGAAAGCACCCAGCUUCAAUCCAGUCUUCUAUCUUUGAAAGAACUGAGAGGGAGCUGCAAGAUUGAACUGGAGAAGACUAAUGGUAUUCCUUCCAACAAGUAAUUAUGUGCUAUCCCAUUAUUUGGGUGAAUAUGUAAAACAUUGGUGAUCUGUGUAACAGUUAUAGAUGUAGACUUUAAUGUCUUUACUUUCUCUGAAAAGUUUCCAGCUGAUGGGGCUGAAAUAUAUUCUCUAUAUCCAUCAUGUUUUGUUUUGUGUUAGUUCCAGUAUAGAUGGUGCUCCAUUUGCAUCUGCAAGGGCUUUACAUAUUAUGAUCCCUGAUUCUGUACCUGAAGAUCUGGAGUUUCUUCGGUUGCUUGAAUUUGCUUAAUGUAAGAACUCUUGGUUUAUAUAUAAUGAUUCAUCUAUAUUCUAUAACAA